GAAAAUUAUGGCCAUAAAAAGAAGAAAGAAGUUCCAAACCCAGCGGUUGUAGAUAAACUUAAAAGAAGUCUAGUAAAACCUUAUAUCGUUAAUUUAAAACCACCCCAAGGUCGAGAAAAAAUAAGUAAAAGCCCUGAUCUUAAAAGAAAGAAAACUCCACAAAUUGCACUUCGACAGAAAAGUAGUCCUUUUAAAAUAACAUCAGCAUCCAAAAAAGUGCUAAUUAAGACAAAGGGAGAUUUCAAGAAACUACCUAAUUUAAAGAAAUUGGUAUUAGAAAGUUCUAAACAAAAAGAUUUAAAUAAUAGUAUUAAAGAAAACCAAGACAACCGGAUGUUUUCAUCAAAUAAUAUAACAAGUUUUAAUGUCGUAGAAAGUGUAAUCAAAAAUACCAAUCGUUCUGGUGAAAAAAUUAGUGCACCAAAAAUAAGCUAUGAAAAUGUGGAUGAUAAAAAAAAUAACGCUACACUUAAUGGCGAGAAAAUAAUAAUAUCAAAUAUUUAUAAAAAUCCAGAAAAGGAAUAUCUAUCAAUCACUGGAAUAAAAUAUGAUGACGCACCAAAUGAUGUGGAAGUUGAAAACAAAAGUUUAUCUUACGCUGAUAUGAAAUGUAUAAAAACAUGUUGCACUUGUAAUAGUAAAUCUAGUAGGAAAUCAAUAAUUCACACAGAAAAAAAUAACAUGGAAACGUCUGAAAAUGAUACAAAUUCUGAGGUGCCUGUUGAAAUUCAAACGUGUAUAAAUUGCUGUGAAACACGAAAACAAUUAAAUAAUUUCGUUGCUAUUUUAAAUAACGACAAAGUGCUAAAGUUGCAUUUAAAUUUAGAAAUUAAAAACUGUAGCGUAUCUGUAAUGUCGGAUCAAUUAAACGGUACAACUACACACGAAACACAAGCUUGUGUUACCAUAAUGAAAACUGAGAAAGAAACUCAAGUGAAUUUUUAUGAACAGUUAAAUGAAGAGAUUUUCGAAGAUAUAAAUGAAACAGAAUAUAUACAUCAACAUUUAGAUAACGAAUUACAAAAUAUAAUUAAAGAUGACAACAAAAUUGUGAUUAUUAAUUGUUCUUGUUGCGAUUGCGUUAAUUUACAUCAUUUGCCACAAUUUAAUGUCAAAUACAAAAAUACUUGUAAUGAAGACAUUUUGUACAAAUUAGCUUCAGCAUUAGAAGCAAAUAAAUGCGAAUGCAGAAAUAAUAUACUAAAUACGCAGCAAAAAAUUAGUCCUAGCUCUAAAACAAUAGCUACCAAUAAUUACGAGGAAUGUGAGGAAAAAACAUUAACAAUAACGUCCGUGCAAAAACUUUUAUGUAGUCACGAAACUAAUACGUGUAAUGAUAAUUUAAAUAGUGAUGAGUUUCCAAAAUUGAUAGUUGCCAUUGACGAAUAUUCAAAUCAAAUGUCACAAAAACCGGAUAAUUUUAUAAAAUUCGUCAACAGCAGCACCCAAACGACUUGGUAUAACAUAAUGUUGGAAGCAAGACAUCGUACGGAUGGUCGGUAUAGUUUCCAUUUGCCGCCACUUUAUAAAAUUAAAAAUUACAACAUCGAUUGAAACGAAA